AUGAGCCGCGCGCAGAGGAAAUUCCGUAUUGCUAGGAGCAAUGAGGAUGACGAGACGGCGCAAUGCCUACUGGAGGAAUUGAGUUCAAGACGUCGAUCUCAUAACAACCUUCUCACACGAAAAGAGGCCAGCGACAAUCAUUCGUGGGCUCAAAGAGCUUACUCAUCUUUAUCCUUCUUCCUCGGCGAACGGGACUUGAAGACCUUUGCUGAAAACCGCAAAGGACAUCAUGCCGAUUUUGCGUCCCGAAAAUCAAUCCCAUGUCGCUCAUUCGUUCGAUCUGUGGCUGACUUGGGUGUGACUAAUCCCUCCUUGAAGAUUGGUAAGAGGGAAAAUAAAGGUCGCAUGGGAAACGGGAACGGGAAGGGCGGGAAUAAUGGAGGCGGAAGGCCGGACAACGGGGCUCCUCCUGAUAAUCCGGGUGGAGGAAGCGGCAACAACAACUUCCCUGCUCCUCCCCUGUUUUUUCCACCGCCGCCACCAUCGGAAGGACCACCUAUAAUAUUUCCUCCCGAUCAACCGGAAUCCGUGCUCCCUACUUCCCAGAUGCCGACUUCCACGGCCAAGUUCGAAACCGUCUCGACGACUGAACCCAUAAGUUCCAAUUUCGUUGAGCAGCCUACACCAACCAUCGGCAUCAAAACAGAAACUAUCGUUUCCAAGAUUACAGAAACAGCCCAUUCGGAUAGAAACCAACCCAGUUCGCCUAGCGUCGCUCCAUCCUCGUCUUCGAUCUCCGACAAUGGACCAAAGUCCAACAACUUUCUCCAUGACCCUGCUCGUGUUGCCUGUCUAGCGGUUGGUGUCACAAUUGCUACGCUCCUUCUCCUAACCCUAAUCGGCUGGUUAAUAUUGAGAUGCGUAAGGCGGAGAUGCGGGGCCGCAAGCACUAACUCCCGGCGCUCGAAUCAAAGAGGUGCCCCAGAUGAAGUGUGGAUCAGCGAAAAGAACCAGCUGCCGAAUGGACCUGGGGACCUUAAUUGGGACCCUGAAUCCACCUUUGCACCACCUUUCGCUGGGCCAUUCCGCCAUUCACGGACUGAUUCGUCAGCCUCGUCAAUAUUUCGAAAAUUUUUAAUGCAUGCCGGCAAGCAAUCCCGAAGAGGCUCAGGUCUAUCCAAUAUUCUUCUGCGAGAAAAGCCCUUGCCAAACCCUCCCGAUACCAAUUCCGAGUUAUCCCUGACAGACCGAGAUUCUAUCAUGGACGACCUUCCAAAAAUGCCAGCAAAGACCCAUGCCACCAUCAGCACGAGAUCAUCAGAAGCAUUCCGCCUAGACCUUCCAUCUCCACGCCCGCGACCUUACUGCUCGCAAGAAUUCCCGGGCAGUCCUCUCAAGGGUCGGGUUCGCGGGAGCAUCUCCAAGUUUUCAUGGUCCACCCCAACAACAAAGAGAACCUCGAUGUCCUCAGCGGCCCCAACGUAUCGAUUGCCCUCAUUAACAAGCAACUACGCCGGCACAGUAUUCUCGGAAGACAGCGAACCACCACAUUUCAGAACCACGUCGAGUUGGGUUUUGCAUCAGCAAGCUCGAAUUAUGAGGCGGAAGUGGCCAGAGUCAGACUAUCCGCCAUCUCCAACGGCGGUCGCCAAUUCCAUCAGCACUAGGCAACACUCAGAGUGCAUGUCCCCAAAAGGAAAAUUGCAAGAGAUGAAAAGACGCUCUACGAAAUCUUUUGGCUAAGGUGGAAUACUUUAAACCAAACCGCCGGCCCAGCACAGCCGAUCACUUGGUCAGAUUUCUUUCCC